AUGGAGGAGUGCAGCACAGAAGAGGACAUUGAGGCCCUGAUGGAAGGCCUGGCUUUCAUCCCUGGACAUUUUCAUCUUCUGCUUCAUCUGAAUAAAGAGCCUGAAGGACCAGAAACCCUCCGCCAACGUGACACCCAGUUAAAGCAGGAGAGCCUGCGGGCUGAGCUGGAGGCUGAGACUGGGAGACUGCAGUAUGCUGUCCGAAACAUGCUGGGCCUGCUGGCCUAUCAUUUGGACAAGCUGGACACAGCUGAGGAGGUUUUUCGAAGCAUCUGCCAGGAAGACUCUGGAAAUCUCAAUGCUUGGGCCAACCUGGCCCAUGUAUACGAGCGGCUCAACCGUGAACAGGACGAGAGUGAGUGUCUGGAGCGGGUGGCCGCUCUCAUGGACCCGGAGACAGGCGAGGACCAGCCAGACUGCAGGCUCAGAGCAGCCCGGUGCUUGGCAGAACAGGCUUUUGCCCAGCCUCAUGAUGUGGAGCUGGAGAAAGAAGAGCACCGUCAGGAGAGACUGACAACUGCACUGACCCUGUAUAACCGUGCUCUCCACUACGGAGGAGAACUGGUACCUGCAGAAGAAAAGUGGAACUGGUACUUCAAAAUGGCAACAAUUUACAUAAGAUUAUAUGGUAUUGUCAAUGAUUCCAAGGAUUUGGAGUAUACGAGGCUUGGACACUACAACAAAGGCCUAAAACUGCUUGCAGAGACACUGAAAUCAGAAACAACUCAUCUCAAAGCGCUUGCUUGGUGUUACAUUGGUCUCAUGCUGGAGAGGCAAGAGGAGUUCUCUACGGUUCCAAUGGCAAUUCAUGACUGCGGCCUGUCUGGAUCUGACCCACUCUCAUGCUACGGAUCGGGUAUCAAACUGGCUACAGAUGAUGCAUUCACAUUAAAUCAGCUAGCCAGUGUGUUUUUUCAGUCAGGCAAGCAUGAGAUGGCAAUGGGCAUCUGUAACAUGGCCCUGAAUGUGCUGCCUGAUGCAGAGCUCAACUGGCAAGCUUACUGCACCCGGGCAAAGCUUAAGGUCACAGCUUAUGUGAAGGCCUUGGACAGAGCUAAGCAAGGACUGGAUGGCAUUCCUGACCGCCAGGACCUGAGAGAGGCCCGCGCUGACCUCGAGCGAGUCCUGAGUGUCCGGCCCUGUCUGAGGACGCACCUGGAGAUGGGACAGGUCUAUUACUACAUGGGUGUGGAUGCUCUGCAAGAGAGCCUAAUGGUGGACGAAAUGGCAGUCAAUCAAGCUUUGGUCAGCCUGGCCCAGGCUCUGCAGUGUCCACUGGGCUCUACUCUGCCAGAGCUGCAGCUGCUGAGGGGCCGCUGCCUGCUGCUGAAGGGCGAGGAGCAGAACGCCAUAGACUGCUUCAAACGAGCGUUGGAGCUGGAGCGGCCUGCCAGUCAGGAGCUACGUGCCCUGCCCUUAUUGCUGCAGGCCCUGCUGACUGCCUUCUCUCAGAGCACAGGAGACGUGAACCACAUUAUCGCCCAACUGGAGGAGUGCUUACAGAAGGCUGAGGAGAGACACGGCACCGGCCCAGUCCGGGCAGAGCUCAAGCUGCUGUGCCGGACAAACACGGAGGAAGUGGCAGAACUGUCCAGGGAGCUGGUGAAGAGGGGCAAGCUGGGCAUUGUGAGGAGGCUGCUGCAGAGCGUACAGCCUCAGGGUAAAAACACAGUGUUGGGCAGGUCUCUGUCUGUGUGAGAGGAAGAGGAGGAGUUGCAGGUUCCUCCCAGUGUGAGAAUAUUAAUGCUGAUAUGGAGGCUGUAAGGGGACCUUUCAUAAGCAUACUGGAUUAGAGUUCAUUCACUUUUGGAACAAUACUGACUUUAAAUAUAAUGACAAUGAAUGUACAGUAGAAGGGCUACUGACCUAGGACUUAUGAGUUAUUGUGAAAUAUUUAUAAUAUAAUGUAUAUAAUAUGAUAUGUAAUUAGAACUUGCUGAACUUGUGAAAUAAAAAAAAAGCU